GCUGAGCUGAGCUGGGUUGAGUUGUCUGCCUGUCUGUCGGUCGGUCUGUCUAUCGAGGUAGGUACCUGGGUGGUAGUCGUCAGAGUAGCUGGCGCGAGGACAGGUCCUGGCCUAGGCCCGGCGGAAAACGGAGCUCCUUGUCGAUCGGAUCAUCAGUUGGGAAGUCUCGAUCCGGCGAGCAACCAAACAAACGGCUUUGAUUGAACGGGCUGCGGGUCUUUUUAUGGAUUGACUGACGCAUGGAUGGAUGGAUGGAAGGAUGGGCUGGGGGAGAUACCACCAGGGCUUUUUUCGUUGUCUUUUUUUUUUUUUACUAUCACAGCGAGGUAUUUGGGGACUGAGUCCCUCUCGUUUUCUUUAAUGUUUUCUCCCUCCCUCCUCUUCUUCUUUUUUUGCUUCACUUGCGGUGUUUCGAUUGCUUGCGUUUGCUUCUUAUACCCCGCCAAAUACCCCUUAGCUGUCGUUGCUGCUGUUUAUUGUUAUUAUCGGUACAUACAUACUCACCUACCUACCUUGGCGUUGCUGUGUUUGGCUUCGUCGUUUGUUGUAUGUACAAUAGCUCGGCCGUCGGGUCGGUCAAUCCUCGAGCCGAGGGACGGGCAGCGGGACUGGGAACGGGGGGGGGGAUGAGAAUGGGAUUUCGGAUCGAGAGAGCGAGCAGGCUUACCUUGUCGUGACUACCUUUCAGGAUCUAUCCGGAUGGGGUAGGGGCAUCGAGGGAAGAGUUAGGGGAAUUGAGCUGUUGAUCGAGAAAUACUGUGU